UAGAGAUGUCUGAGACAUAUGGAAAGGAAAAAGAUUUCAAAUGUAUUUGUAAAACUGUAUUUUUUCUUAUUACCAGUCAUAGCCAACAAAGUAGAAGAAUGGAAAAAGAAGAAAGAGGCCAUCUUGAGAGGCGAGGUACCCCCAGAUGAAGAUGUUGUAACCAAGGAAGAGGACAUCUAUGCUGUCAAUGAACAUGAGUCCGAUGAAGAGGAUGAGGUCAGUGCCAUGGACACAGGGGAAGGUAGUGGACAAAGCUUCAUAGCUCAUGUACCUGUUCCAUCUCAGAAAGAGAUUGAAGAAGCAUUACUUCAAAGAAAGAAACGAGAACUUUUAGAAAAAUAUGCCAGCGAGGCAUUACAGGCCGAGGAAGGCCAGGUUAAACAGAUGAUGGGGCUGGACACGUGAGACUAUGCCCUGGAAGAUGUAUAUCUGGAAUAUAACAUGUAGAGUAUAAUGCAACCUUCAUAGGCCAAUGCAAUGAGCAAAGGAAAUGUAAAGGCAGAAAAAAAAAUAUGGCAGGUACAGCUGCUGUGUCUGGGAAAUAUGAGGCGAAGAUAAGUUAUCACUGCUAUAAAAAAACAUUGACAAGCAGUUGCUUUUCAUGCUCAGCUGGGACUGAUUCCAAAUGACAGUUUUCCUAAAAUUGUGUGAUUGGCAUUCAUUAUAUGGAAAUGGGAAUGAGCAAGAUUUUAUUCCUGGCAGUGGAUCCUUAGCUAUAUGAUAUAGAGAAAUAAUAUGAAACCUGAGAGAACUGUGAUGGAUAAUAGUAGAACUUGGCAGAUACAUACAGAAGAAAUAUAUUUGUGAAACUGAAAAACAUUUGGAGUAUCAUCAAGAGCUGCAAUGAAAAGGACGAGCAAACUAGAUUGAUCUUAACUUGGAAUGUAUAAAAUAUUAUAAAAUACACUGACAUCACUCGUAAACAUCAGUGGGCUUCAGUUAUUGCAGACUAUAAAUCACAACAUACAUGCAUGCAAAAAGGUGCCUAAUUAACCUAAUAUUGUAUGCAGCUAGGAAAGUUUUUUUUUCUACGACUUGAGAUAAAACAUAGCUAUUCAAGAUACAAAGGAUGUUUAACCAUUCAUUGAUUAGGCAGUAAUUAGGUAUUAGCUAGAAAUUAAAAGACUUUUGCAAACUGGACUAUAUUUUUUUUACUCCAGAUUGUUAACUACUAGAUUAUAAACAUCAGUUUACUCUGUGUACAAUACAGACCUCAGGCACCUAUGCUGUGAGUCAGUGUGUAGAUUAUCAAAUAAAGAAUGAUGGGAAAGCCUGGGACUAAAGCACUGUGACAUCAGUGUUAUCAAGGCACUUUUUUUAGGGCAGUGCCCUGUAAACAGGAUGACUAAUGUGAGAAGAAUGAUGUCAUAAAUCAGCUGUUUAUCCAUUACCAUAAACUGCUUGUGGAUUUUGGUUUUAUUUUCCUCAUACAUUAUUAGUGUUUACAUAGAGCAGUAGGGGGCCUUUACUUUCUUGGAACUGCUUUCAGUUGUUACGGUCUAUGCUUUGACCUACUUACCAUAUUUUUGUUUGAUUUGUAUUUUGAUAAAGUUUUAGGUUACCAAUCUUUGGUGUAACUUGAACCAAAAAACAGACUGUAAAUAUGUAAA